CUGCAUCCAAGCUGCAUAUUCUGCAUAUCCCACACAUCCUACAUAGACAGCAAUACCAACAUAUCUCGAGUCAAAAUGCUCCGCAAGAAAGAAAUCUACACAACCACCACACCCAUCCCGCUGUCCGUCCCGCGCCAACUCGCGAUCGACAUCCUCCACAGCCACAGCGAAAUCAUCACGCUCAGCCCUCUCGUGCUCGAGCACCACCCCGUCAAAGCACCGCGCAGUGCACCAGCAGACGAGUUCUACUCCACCUGGUACGAGAUCACCGAGCGCGUGCAGUAUGUCCCGGGGAUGGGCAAGAUGGGGUCCGGCAAGAUCAGUUUCAAGGGCUGUUUUCACGAUGAGCCCUGGGGGUUGCAAACGCAUGUCUAUGCGCCGCUGGGUAUUGAUUUGCGGAAUCGGUACCGUAUUGAAGAUUCUCCAGAUUCCAAGGAGAAAGGGCUUGUGCUGUGCGUGGAUACCGAGCUCGAGUGUAAUGUCACGCUCAUGUCGCUGGUGAAGGGGCAGCAAAAGACCGCGUCCAAGGCGCUGAUUGAGCGGUUCGUGAAGAAAGCUGAGCUGGUGGACGCGGGUGUAUUGCAGGCGAGUACCAUGGAAGAUGGCAGGUUGAGGACGUUUAACCCGGCGGAUCGGAGCAGUGCGGCAGCUAUCAUGCAGCCGUCGUCGCCGCUGCAAUCGGGCUUUGGGGACACGUCGCGACGGUCGUCGUCAUAUCAGAUGCCGGGCUCGCCGAGGGCGCAUUCACAGGUGGGAUCGGUUUCGUCCCAUGUGAACUCGCAGUAUGGGUCGGAGCCUGGGCGGAGCUUUGCUGCGGAGUUGCCGGCUGAGACUGUCUACCAGCCCUAUCGUCCGGGAUCUGGUGGUGGAAAUGUCAUGGAGCUGCCGGGUAACUCGUCGUUUCAGCCUAGAUAUUCCGCUGAAUUACCGGCAGAGAAGCACGGGAGAUGGGCUUGAGACUAAUGGACGAUUGCAACGGCUGUUUGAUUGUAUUUAACUAGGUUAAUUUAUUACCAAGGAAGUCAUGUUUCAUAACAAUGUUGUUAUAUAGAUAUAUAUAUCCAGUAUGGAAAGGACAUUUCAUAACCCG